AUGAACCCCCUUCCUCUCGCCCCUCCUUUAGACGCGGUGGAGGGGGUUCUUUCGGCGCCCCCGGGGCCGGACCGGGCGCCCUACCCCCACUGCCCGAUCUACAUCCCGUCCAAAGGGCGCUUCGACCAGACCCGCUCGACCCUCGCGACGCUGGUCGGGGACCUCGUCCCGUUCACGCUGGUGGUGGAGCCGCACGAGGUGGGGCUUUACGCCUCGUGUUUGGACCGCCUCGUGCGGGAAAAAGGAGGGAUGGGCCGAGAAGAACCCGCCAAAGAACCCCCCGCGGCCAACGCGAACGAGCGCGGGGGGGAACGGCCCACCGCGCUUUACCACCACGGCUACCGUUUUCAACCCCCUACGGCUACCCAAGCGAGCGACGAGGCGGGGGGAAAGGCGACGUCCGAGUUCGUUUUAACCAGCCUCGAGGCCGUGCGGGAUAUUUUCACAAUCGUGGCCCUGCCGGAGAAGGACCAGGGGGUGUCCUACGCCCGGAAUUUCAUCCUUCAGGUUCUCGUUCCGCAGCAAAUGGUGGAAUUCGAGGUCGACCGAACGGGACAUCUGGAGGAGCUCGGGCUUUUCACCUCCGGCUCGACGCUGGGGGCGGCGAUGGCGUCCCCGGCGCCGCCCGCGAGCGAUGCGAGUAAAUUUCUGCUCCCCGACAGCGCUUUAAGGAGCUUCGAGCUCGAUCCGAGCGUCUACGCGGCGGUGGAGCGCUGGCGGGGCGGGAGCCGGUCGGGCCCGCCGCACAGCCUUUACGGCUACUAUUGGGUGAUGGAUGAUGACAUCUACACCUUUUCCCGCGCGAACCCGCAAAAAAAACGAAACGAACGAAUCUCCUCUCGUCAGAUGAUGCGCAACGUCGAGGCGAGGAUUCAACGGCUUCGCCAGAACGCCCAGGCCCCCAAUUCCUCCCCCACCUCGAAUAGCGGAAACGGAAACGGCUUCCCUCCCCAUCCGCGAAGGGCGAAUGCGAAAAUCCCAAUCUUCACCGGCAAGGAGGACGUCCUCGCGAACAAUUGGCAGACGAUCCACCGCGCGCGGACGCCCUCCUCGACGGUGAAGCCCCCCGACGCCGCGCCCGGCGCCCCUUUACCACCCGAUCCCCCCUCGCCGAAUCCCGCGGCCUCGAUGGACAGCAGCGGAAGUAGUACCGACCUGAAGCCCAAGACGACGCUUUUGAACGUCAACAACUACCCUUAUGUGCGGCAGACGGCGUGUUUUUCGCUCGAGUACAGCCAUUUUUCCUUCACCUACGGCGAGACGGCGCUGGCGGUGAACAGCUACAACAACAUCGCCUGCCUGUUCGACUACCACCUCCUGCACAACCCCGCGUCGAGUCUGUUCUUCCCCGUCCACCCCACCGGCGGCGUCCGCAGCGCGGCGGAGACGCUCCAGGGCCUCCCGGCCCCCCCCCGGGCCCCGAGGCCGCGGAAAAAGCCGAAAAAGCGGGAAAAACGGAAAAUUCCACCGCCAUCGCGCGCGCCGGGCCUCAUGCGCCCUCGCCGCGCUAUUUUAUGCCCGGCGCGAUGUUGUGGUAUCGCUUCGCCGUGCGGGAGGACUACGACUUCACCCUCCAGCUCAUCGCGCGCGGGCUCUACACGCUGCGCUUUCGCGACCUCGGCUUCGACGUCCCGGCGAUGGGGAAACUUCGCGGCGGCAUGA